UUCCGUUUCCGGUUCACUCCGAAAACAAAAACGUUUUUGAACGUCUAUCGUUUAUUGACUUUCUUUUAAGAUAGUUUGCUCAAAACAUACAAAACAAAGACGAUGUCCGAUGAUGCCGACAGCUCGUAUGAGCAGGGUGAGCUGGAACCGAGUCCUGAUCACCACCGGGCCUCGGACAAUGAACGUCAGCUGUCUCUCUCCCCACAAUCCCAGGAGGCAAUUGUUAUUGAUGACCCAGAAGAUCAGGACUUCUCAGACAAAGACAGAAGUGGGGGAGAAGACGGGGAUGGCCUGGACAUAAAACCUCCUCAAACUCAUGCAGGCCGCAAGGAGAAAUCCCGUAAACAUAAACAUAAAGAGGAGCGGCGACGAGAGAGGGACAGACGAGACCGAGAGAGAGAGUACAGAGACCGAGAAAGAGGUCACCAAGGCCGGCAACAAGAACAAGACCGUCACAGAUUGGUCCAGAUGCGGGAUCGACACCGGGAACAGAAGGAGAUGGACAGGGAGUGGCAGAGAGAACGUGAAGUGGAGCGGGAACGACAGAAGGCAAGAGAGGCUGAGAGAGAAAGAAAGGAAAAGGAAAAAGAGAGGCGAAUAAAAAUGGAAUCGCGCGAGGCUCGUGAAAUGAGGAAGAGACAAGAAUCUCAAGAUGAAAGAGAGAGACUUGAACAGCUUGAACGAGAGAAGCAGAGAGCUAGAAGAAUACGAGAGGAGAGGGAGAGAGCUCGUAGGAAGGAGGAAGACAGAAGGCAAGCCCAGCAAUCAAGAUCAGAGAAUCAUGUAAAGAGACAAAAGGUUGUCCGCACAGAUGGUGAGCGUGUCCGCAGUCGCAGUCGAGAUCGGCGCCAUCAGCGUGAAGCAGAUAACAAGGGAAGAUCCCAUCGGAAAGAGGGUGAACAUCGAGGGCGAAUGGUGGGUCCACACACCCCAGAGGAAGAAGACGAGGAAGAGGAGGAGGAGGAAGAUCACAGAGAGGUUCACAUCGAGGCUCAUGAGGAAUACCUGUCUGAUGAGGAAGAGGAGGAAGAAGAAGAGGAGGAGGAAGAAGAAGAAAAAGAAGAGCAGUCAGAGGAGGAGGAGGAAUAUGCUGAGUCGGCAGAAUCACAGGAUUCGAGGGAGAGUGACAACAGCAGCAGCACAUCCAGCAGCAAGGUCAGCGAGGGCGUCGGCAGCAACGGCCAUCAUGAGAAAGUACGCUCCAAGUUUGAUGACCAGUCAGAGAAUGAGAGUGAGACAGAGAGCGUUGACAUGCUCAACGCGAACAACAACGUGGACUACAUUGCAGACUCCCCACCACCUUCACCGCUGGAACAAGAGAUUAAACUCCCUCCCUAUUUCCCAGCAUUACAGGGCUGUCGUAGUGUUGAAGAGUUCAGCUGCCUGAACCGGAUCGAGGAAGGGACGUACGGCGUGGUGUACCGAGCCAAGGACAAGAAGACAAACGAGAUCGUGGCUCUGAAGCGGCUGAAGAUGGAGAAGGAGAAAGAGGGCUUCCCAAUCACAUCUCUCAGGGAGAUCAACACAUUACUGAAGGCCCAACACUACAACAUUGUCACUGUCAGGGAGAUCGUUGUCGGCAGCAAUAUGGACAAGAUCUACAUUGUGAUGGACUACGUCGAACACGACCUCAAAAGUCUAAUGGAGACCAUGAAACAACCGUUCCUUGUUGGGGAAGUAAAAACGCUGAUGCAGCAGCUCCUUCGUGCUGUGACCCAUCUCCAUGACAACUGGAUCCUCCAUCGCGACCUGAAGACCUCGAACCUCCUCCUCAGUCACAAGGGUAUCUUGAAGGUCGGAGACUUCGGUCUGGCGCGAGAGUAUGGCUCCCCGUUGAAACAAUACACGCCCAUUGUAGUCACGUUGUGGUACAGAGCUCCAGAGCUACUCCUAGGAACAAAGUUGUACACCUGUGCUAUUGACAUGUGGUCCGUGGGGUGUAUAUUUGCCGAGUUCCUCACAAUGAAAGCACUGUGGCCCGGCAAGUCUGAAAUAGAUCAACUCAACAGGAUAUUCAAGGAUCUGGGUACUCCCAACAAGAAGAUCUGGCCGGGCGUUGAGGAGUUGCCAGGCAUGAAGAAGUGCACCUUCACCGACUACCCUUACAACACCCUCCGCAACAGAUUCGGUUCCUACUUCACCGACGUUGGCUUCGAUCUUAUGAACAGGUUCCUCACUUACAAUCCGACAAAGCGCAUCACUGCGGAAGAUGCGUUGACACAUGACUACUUCAAGGAGUCUCCGCAGCCGGUCCUCCCCUCCAUGUUCCCCACCUGGCCGGCCAAGAGCGAACAGCCACGUAAACACCAGAGCUCCCCCAAACCCCCCUCAGGAGGCAAGGCCUACUCCAAGCUACUGGGCGAUGAUGAUGAAUCUCUCGGCUUCCACAUGGCCAAUGCUGUGAAGGGAGCAUCUGCACAGGGACCUGGAUUUCUCCUCAAGUUCGGGCACUAAGGAAGCAGUUGGAGUCAAGUACCCAGAAACACACAGGCUCAACAACAAGCACCAUGAUUUCCCCUCAGUGGUGUCUCGUGUACCUCAAACUACGCACAUGUUAAACAAGCUACAAGAUCUUCGCUGCAGUUUCUUACAUACCCCAUACAGAGAAAGCUGUUGAAGGCAUGCUGUAAGUGUCUGUAGUCCAGUAGAUAGUGUGUGUGCCUGAGAGUCUGGGUUUGUCUCUUUUGAACAGCAAGAUACCCUUGGUGUAAGACCUUAUCAUCCACUGGCUGUUGGAACAUUAUGAAAGUGUCUGGUUGGUUAAAUUGUAAGAACAAGAGUCUUCAAGAAUCAAGGACUUCAUUGAGCUUGUUAUCCAUUGCAGCACCAGCUAUAGGAAACUGAACGAUUCAACAAUGUGCCUUCCGUGAACCUCAAAUCAUUGUUUCAUGAUCUGCUCCAAACCAACAAUAUCGGAGGGUACAGCAAGUCCAUAAUGCAAGCUUGCCGAUUUCCUAAUUUUCAUGACCUUAUUAAAACAUGAGGGACCAUAUUGUACAGCCAAUACCUGUGCCCACCCCUCUAUUCGCAACCAUGGCGACAGUCUCUGUAUAGAGUUGUGUCCCUUAGGUGUGGCAGGAGUGAUCUCAGUUUGAAUCCCAGAGUUUGCUGAUUCUGUUUGUAGGUUUGUCAGCACCACACUCAUUAUUAGAAACGAUCUAUUUUCAAAUUCCAGAUUCACUUAAAGACGUUUGUAAGUUUGAUACAGUCAUACUUGGUGUCAUGGGUUAACCAAUCCAGUCACCUGAUGUACUGUAUUAUUUUGUGCUUUAAUCUAGCGUCAAGCCUUUAAGCUGUUACACUGGCAUUGAAGCAAUCUCACUGUACUGCUACUGCGUGACUGGGCAGAGUUAUGGCCCUUAACAAUGCAGGAUCCAGUGUUGAAGCCAAUCUGCUCAUUCACAUCUCCAAAUUAAAUGAGUCAGUCUGAUUUGCAGACCCCUUUAUAAGAUUUGUUAAACACAGUACUGGUACAUAUGUUGUUUAGUUUUCAUAAUUUGUAAAGGAAAAGUCCUUAUGUGCCAUUAUUCAUUCCUACCUGCUGCUGCUGUAAAUACAAUACAAGAUCACUGAAGUUUGAUAUCAGUGGACAGGACCCUGUAAAUAUUUGAUACAUGUGUAAAUCAAAUCAUGUUUACAUGUCAUGUAAAUAAUCAUAAAACAUUUCACGAACU